GUUAUUAAAUAGGGAUUGAUAUGCUAAGGAGGGUCCGAUGGAUAAACUGGUGAGGACCCAUCCGUUCACUGCCUUCCGAAAUGGUAGCAGUUCCAUUUGAUUACGAAGCGGCCGCCCGCCAGUUGAGCUGCGAGUUGUUCAAUGGCAGCAGCUGCUGCACCACGCAGCUUCUUCGUCCACGACUCUUCUCCUGGCCGUCGCCCUCCUCGAAGCGCUACCCGUCAUGGGCUUGGCGUCGAGGCUGUCGCAAGCAGCGGUUCUCCUCUCGCCUGGAGCGCGCGCCGGCCGGUUGACGUUGAGAAGUCGAGACGAACCCGCUACCCAUUGGAGGAAAUGCCUCAGAGGCAGAGAGAAACUUUUAUGUGGAACGCGAUGAUACGCCGUCGCGUGCAGGACGGAUGCUAUGAUGAGGCCAUCGAGAUCUUUGCUCUGAUGCUUCGCAGUAAUUCUGCCCCUGACCGUUUUACCUUUCCCCUUGUUCUGAAGGCUUGCGCCUGUUCGUCGUCGUUGCGUGAGGGGUGGAAGAUCCACUGCCGAGUCGUUAAGUUGGGAUUGGAUGCUGACCUAUUCGUUGGCAACGCCCUUUUGGCGAUGUACGCCAAAUGUGGGUUUGUGGAGUGCGCCUGCCAAUGGUUUGAAGAAAUGCCGCAGCGGGACGCCGUCUCCUGGAAUUCAAUGCUGAGCGGGUACGUUUCUAAUGGAGAUCGCCACAAUGCACUGUUGCGCUUUCGACAAAUGCAGUUUUCACAGGUGGAGGUGGACGAUUUUAGCUUCAUUGCGGUGCUGCAGGCGUGUGCGCUCGGUAGUUCUGUGCGACAUAGGAAAGAGAUCCAUUGUCAGGUUAUUAGGCGUGGCUUCGAGUCUAAUGACAUGGUUGAAGCAUCCCUUAUAGACAUGUACUGCAAAAGUGGAAAUAUGGAUGUUGCAGAGAAGCUAUUCAGCAGGACAAGAAGAAGAGGUGUUGUUGCUUGGAACUCAAUGAUAGCCGGAUAUACUCGUAAUCGCAUGCCCCAUGAUGCAUUCGCUUCUUGCAUCAGGAUGCAGCUAGUUGAUUUGAUCAAGCCUGAUCCCGUCACUUGCGUUAGCUUACUCCCUGCUUCGGCUCAAUUAAGAGCUCUAUUAGUGGGCAAGGCAAUUCACGCCAUUGCAAUCAGAUGCAAGUUCAUCCCCUACCUUGUUCUGGAGACUGCUCUUGUCGACAUGUAUACAAAGUGCAAGGACCUGAAGUCCGCAAAAGUCGCAUUCAAUGCAAUUGAUGAGAAAAACUUGGUAUCAUGGAAUGCCAUGCUUGCUGGUUACUCGCAGAAUGAUUGCCAUGUCGAUGCGAUGCUACUUUUCCAUGAACUGGUAACGAAUGGUCCCUCCAGACCAGAUGCCACAACAAUCGCAAGCAUCCUACCAUCAUACUCAGAGAUUGCAUCUCUGAAACAGGGGAAACAGAUACACGGGUACAUCAUAAAACAAGGAUUAGACACGAAUAUUUUCAUCAUGAACUCUGUAAUUUGUAUGUAUUCGAAGUGUGGUGACCUGCAAUUAGCACGGAAAGCAUUCGAUAGUAUCCCAACGAAGGAUGUCAUCUCAUGGAACUCCAUUAUUUCAGGAUACGGAGUUCAUGGCCAAGGGCAUGAAGCACUUGAGCUUUUUCGUGAGAUGAAUGAAGCGGGCAUGAGACCAAAUGCCAGUACUUUUGUUUCUCUACUGUCAUCUUGCAGCAUGUCUGGUCUAGUUUAUGAUGGGUGGAAACUUUUUGAGUCUAUGUCGGAAGAGUACGGCAUUAGUCCUCAGAUUGAACACUAUGGGUGUAUCAUUGACCUACUUGGUCGGAUGGGAUGUACAGAUCUGGCUCAAAGUUUUAUAGAAAGCAUGCCGCUUAUACCAACAGCAAGAAUAUGGGGAUCGCUUCUGUGUGCAUGCAGACAUAAUGGUGACAUCACUUUGGCUGAGAGUACAGCUGAAAAAAUAUUAGCCCUGGAGCAUGAUAACACUGGCUGCUAUAUCCUAUUGUCCAACAUGUAUGCAGAAGUUGGUAGAUGGGAAGAUGUCAAAAGACUGAGAGCAAUGAUGAGGCAACAAGGCUUGCAGAAGACAAUAGGGGUCUCGGUGUUUGAUUGCAUCAAUCACACCUGCAGCUUCUCUUAUGCAGAUAGAUCCCAUCCCGACUAUAGAAGAAUUCGCGCUGUGUCAGAAAUUCUUUCAGGAAUGAUAGGUGAAGCCACUUUUGUUACGCGUAGAAAAUUUAGCUCCAAAGAAGCCUCGGAGAAGAAGGAACAUUUGCCAAGCGGUCACAGUGUGAGACUGGCAAUUUCGUUUGGUCUCAUUUCAACUCCGGUUGGUACUCCCAUUCUAGUCAGAAAGAAUGUCAGACUAUGUGGUGGUUGUCACAGUGCUGUUAAAUUAAUCUCAAAGACAUGCCGACGAGAAAUCGUAGUGGGAGACACGACGCUCUUUCACCACUUCAAAGAUGGUAGAUGUUGCUGUGGAGAUUACUGGUGACGGGUACAUGUCCUUAUCUGGUAUGCUGAAAUAUCAUACCGUAUAAUAUGCAAUGCAGAAUGCACCAGCAGGCGACGAGGUCACAAGAUACCUCAGGUCCGAUCUCUUUUGGCUACGGAUCAAUCUUUGACAUAUGGUUCUGUUGAGAGCUGUUUGGUGCUUUCUGCUGCAGACACGUAUCAGAACUCAGAGACGUUUGCUCAGAGUAUGCAGUGCUCUUGCUAUGAAAAUGUAAUCAAAACCUCUAUAAAGAAGUCAUCAAAGGGAAGAAAACAACUUGAUAUAAAGGCGGUUUAUAGAAUAAGCAGAGUCCAAUGUGAAGACUUGGAACGCAUUAUGUAAUUAAAGCAUUCUUUCGUUCUUCUUAUUAUCUUCUCAUAUUAUACUGAUUUCCGUGUACAGUUAAGACAUUCUG